AUGUCUUCCAUUCCUCGAAGAUCUCUUCUCGAUAAGGACAUCUGGUUCGCAGAGUUCAACAAAUGGGCUGAGAACAACCCCGAAAUCCUUGUUGACACUCUCAAUCCUGAUUUCUUCAAGCCAGUCAUUGAAGCAGUCAGUCUUGUGGGUGUUGAGUAUAAACUUAUGAUGCUUGCCAACAUCUACCAGUUCUGCGACUCUGACGAAGCUGUCAUCGAAGCGCUCAAAGAUGAAAUUGAACUCCUCGAGACUGAGAACGAACGCCUUGAUGAUUACCUAGGUAAGUGGAUUGCCGAGUUUCCCUUCAUUUCUCCCAAGCUUGUUGAUGAGUAUCUGUUGCUUCAAACACAUGCAGGCAAUACUACAAAUUCUGAGGCCAAAUUCUGCGCUAUCAUGACCUGGUCCUCUCACUUCCCUCCUGGUUGCCAAUAUUUGUUGCGUGUAAGGACUGUACACACUCGCAGAAUCGAAAACUUGAGUGCAAAACGCGAUCUCUUUGCCUCUGGCCGUCUUCACUUCGAUCAAUGUUCGAGCAUCUCAUCAAUCCUUCAAUGGGAUGUGGACGAUUGGCCACACGGAUUUGGCUAUGAGCGCUCCCCUAUGCCGAAUGGUCUUGCUGAUUUUGAUCCUCCAUCAUUGACGAAGAAUGACCACGGCAAGGCCCUCUCGUACGUUCGAUCUGCAGCUUUCAUCCGCUCUGAGCGUCGCCGUUCAGCUCUCGCUCGUCUACAACAAGGUAGAGGAGGUCUGAGCGACUUCCUUGCCCCCAGCUUCAUCGACAUUUGGUACCACCAAUUCUCAAAAUGGCUUACUGACACUUUGCCUGUCUUAUUCAGAACUGAUUCUGCGUAUGCGGCACAAUGGAUUGAUGUCGGUAACGAACUCAAAGCCAUGCACCACCGUUGGACCGCUGAAGCUGAAUAUCAGGGCCCUCGCGUCUUGACUACCAAGAACGCCUGCUUUUCGUUGUCAAGAGACAAGACUCGUGUGCGUCGUGAUGUUGGUCAGUUUUCCCUCCCUUCUAGACACAUCCCCAUCUGCAUUGAACUUGAUUAA